AUGGUGCACUACAGCUCCUCUGUGAACGGGACUGCUGCGGAUGCACGGCGUAUUCGUGGCGUCGUAUUCGACAUGGAUGGCACCCUCGUGACGCCAAUGAACGGCUAUCUGCAGCAGAUGCGCCGCGAACUCUCCAUCCCCAACGGUCACGGCAUCGUCGCCUACGUCGAAGCAUUGAGCAAGGAGGCGCUGGCGCACAUGCAGCUGUCGCCGGGCCUGGUCGACCUGCUAAGGUUCCUGAAAGCCAGCAAUUUGCCGGUGGCAAUAAUUACCCGGAACAGCUUGGCCUCGGUGGAGCAUUUUCUGGGCGAUGUUGUCGAUCGCUCGGUGCCAGUAUCCGAGCGUUCGCUGUUUGCAUUCCACCCAAUCAUCGACCGCAGCUUUAAGCCAACCAAGCCCAGCCCCGACAGUCUCCUCCAUGUCGCCAGGGCGUGGGGCGUGGAGCCGAGUGAGCUGAUGAUGGUGGGCGACCAUGUCGACGAUUUGCUGUGUGGGAGCCAGGCGGGCGCGGUGGCGGCGCUGCUGCGCUACGAGGGGAACGGGCAGUUUGCAAGUGCCGCGCAUGUUGUUGUGGAUAGGAUUGACGAGCUGCUGGUCAGCAGCGUCGACCCGACCUGCUAUUAUGUGACGGCCUAG